UUUCACUGUAUUGACAUUUCAGUAGCAGAAGAUAUUUUUUAAGUGUUGCUUGAGUCGUACUAAAUGUCUAUUCCAACAGACAACAUCGAUGUUUCUUCAAGAGUUUGGGCCUCGGACGGCAGAGAAAAAAAUGACGACGAAUCGAUUUGAGACUCAUACUGAAAACGGAUGAAAUGAGCGCGAGCGCUGUGUUGAAGAAGGUGCCCCGUACGUAACCUGUCCCUUUGUUUUCACUGAUGAAUAAUGAAGCUCCAGAGAAGAUUGCACGGAGUGAAAGCGUUUCGUUUCAAAGUUUUCGUGCUUGUCCUCUUUCUAGUCUUUUACCUUCUUUUAGUCAACAUUUUUGUCGGUCCUGAGAGAUCGAUAGUGACCAAUCUUCUUUCUAAAAUCAAUGGCCACUCAAGACGACCAGUUCGAGAACUUGUCUCUCUACCCCGCACUCAUAUCCGCCGUGAAACCGAGUCCCAACCUUUCGCUCCAGGUUCCUUUCUCAAAGGGGAAUACCCUCACAAUGAAAGUUACUGCUGGUUCAAGUAUGGAACCAUUGAGUCUUUUGACUGGGACAAUGUAACGAUAUCAGUGAGCCCAGAACUCAAAAAGAAAGGCCCAUACCGAGUCAUUUAUAAUGUCAUUGAGAACAUGAAGAAGAAUGAAGAUUCUGAACCUGAUGUGACCUACUGUACACAUGUCACACCUUCUUUCCAGUGCAAUAUCUUGGAAAUUGUACGACGAUGGGAUGGACCUGUGAGCAUAGCUGCUUAUGUUCCUGAUUAUGAUGCAACUUUGAGUCUCUUACUUUUCCAAAGAAUGUGUCAAUGUAUUCCUGAGAUGUCAAGAGUGUCUGUACACUUUGUUUUUCCUGAGGCAUCUCCGCCUGUCUUUCCUAAAGCUUCUCAAAUGUCAUUUAGUAGCCUGGAAUCCAUAGAUGCCUUGAUAAAAUUUCCUGCUGACUGUUCUUGUCCAGAAGCUGUCCUAAAUGGUACAUUAAGAACAUUUCGUGAAGAAAGUGGCCUUACAUACCCAGUGAAUGUUGCUCGAAAUGUUGCAAGGGAGGCUGCCCAGACAAGCCAUGUUCUAGUGUCUGAUGUUGAACUAUUGCCCAGUCUGAAUCUGGUGCCCUCAUUCCGCCUCCUCUUGAAAAAGUACAUGCCUGCGAUAAGUACUCCUGCUCGGCAUGUUUUUGUUCUUCCUGUUUUUGAAAUUGAAGCAAGAGUCCAUAAUAUUCCAACUACCAAGGAAGAACUUCAGCAUUUGUACAGUGAAGGCCAAGCCAUUUAUUUUCAUCGUUGGGUGUGUCUUCACUGUCAGCGGUUUCCAGGGCUAGAGAGGUGGUUACAACGGAAAAAAGGAACACCAUUCCCGGUUAGUCCUAAUGUGAUUGCCAACCCCUCACCACUCAAGCCCCUACUGGUUGUACGCAGAGAGUUUCCACAUCACAGAUGGGAGCCUAUUUACAUAGGAACAAGAAAUGAACCUCUUUACAGUGAAUAUCUUAGUUGGGAGGGCAGGCAAGAUAAAAUGACUCAGAUGCAUGCAAUGUGUCUGUUGGGAUAUCGUUUUGUGAUACUGGAUGGAGGAUUUCUAGUUCACACUCCUGGAAUGAAAAGACCUGGCCGGAAGCAUGCUGAAUCAAUUGCAUGGCGACAGCCACAUGAGGAAGUUAAUGCAAGACUAUAUGAAAAAAUUGUUCAUGCCACUGAAAAUCGUUUAGGAAGUCGGCCUGCAGCUUGUAGAUUACAUUGAGUGGCAAAUUUAAAUAUUUAAUAUUCUACCAUGGCCAUAAAGCAAUGUGAGAAAACCAGGAUUCUUUUGACCUUUCUUGUUGCAGACAUCAAUGAUCAUCUUUAGACUAUUUUUUAGAAUAUCUAUCUACUUCGUUAUUUGAAGUACCGUCCUUCAAAAACACACUUUAUUGUUACUGGUAUUGACUGCCAAGAUAUUCAGGCUGCAAUAUCGUUUUUUCAGUUUCUGUUCUAGCAUUGUCAAAAACUUCCCUUUCAUUUAGUAGCUUUAGCAGCUCAGAAUUGUUAAAUAAUUGUAAGCUGUUGCAAAUUUUAGAUAUUUUAUUCAAAUCUGUUUUAGGUUUUUUUAUCAACAGAUAUUCUGUUAAUUUUUAGUGUUGGGUACUUGCUGAAUUUUUUAGUCUGUUAGAGUUGUAUUGGGGUUUAAAAGCCCGACGCCAGAAUUAAGAUCUCAUUAUUUAGAUUGUAGUAGUCAUAUCUGUUAUGCAGUCCAUCUUGUUUAUGUGAUACUCUUUAGAAACAAGUAUUUUGAUUGUUCAGGUUUACAUGGUCAUGAUACUCAGUUGGUGUUCAGUUAGAGAUCCAUUUCUUUGGAGGAAGAACUAAAAGAAAUGUACAUAGAACUAAAUAUUAGAGAUCAGAAAUACUUGUUUGUAACAAUAUAGUGAUAAAAGAAUGAGUAGAAAUUCGUAUUUCUGCAUGAGAUGUACUUCAUGGAAGGAUCAGAAGUGUAGGAACUGAAAGAUCUCAUUAGAAAAUUUUAACUGUCAUUUUGUUUUAAAUUUUCCUACAUUUGUACUAAUAUAAAAGAAUGCAUGUCAUGCAAAUAUGGAUACAGUAGACCCAAUGUUUCUGCUUUUGUCACAACUUAUGUUGUGUAUUUCGGGAAAACAAGAUAAAUUAAAUUUUUCCCCAUAUAAUCUGACUGAUGUGAGCUUAGAAAAUCUGAUGCUUCAAGCGGAAAGACGUUUUAGUUGAAAUCGUCAUAAGGGGGUUCUAAUGUAUGUUUUGAAAGAAAUAAUUUCCCAACUUCUCAAAGUAACUUAGAAAUCUCAGUUGCUAAUAUGAGAAAAUUGUGAAUUAGUUCAUGCAAUUUUCCAUUUGCAAACAAGCACUCAAUUUUAAAAUUGUUGUGUUCAUCAGUCAUAUCAGUGAAAGUUCUGGCUCAUCUCCCUAUCUUUUCUUUCCUUUAUUUUCUUGUGAAGACUGUAGGGUUGAACUCGUACUGCAUCAGUGCCUUCCAAGCCUAGUUUUAGAUCUUUAAAUCAUCAUGCUUUCGUUACUGUAGAUCUUUCUGUUAGCUUACAUAUUUGACACAAUAAUUUCUACAUUGCUUGACUAAGUAGCAUUGACUUUUUAAGAUGUCUCUGUACCAUAGGCAUUUUGACUUAUAUAUCUUUUUUCUAUAACUUCAUGAUUUUAUACCUACUCUUCUUAAGAUGUCUUGAGACAAUAACUAUUCCAUGUUUUUAAAAAUAUUUCUUUUUAUAGGGCUGUGAAAACAAAUAGAAGCACAACUAUACUUUAGAUUAUAAUUAAACUUUUUGCAUACUUUUCUCUCUUCUUCUCUUUCUCUUUACCCUUUUGUAACUAUUCUAUUCUUGGUACUCUAGUCUGUAGUGUGCUCAAAACGCUGAGUGUCCUUAGAUUUGGUCAUGUGAACCAAACAUUCAUUUUAUAGAAUAAAAAGAUCCCUGAAGACAUCAUAAUAAUGGGAGCCGUCCCUCUUUAAAAUUUUGAGAAAACUAUUUUAGUAGCCUUUUUAGUAUUUUUGAGGGCUUUUAUUGAAAACUGUUUGGUUAGGUAGUUUUGUGUAGGUAGGGUGUAUAGCUUGAGGAUCAUGCAUGGUAGAAAGUGUUGUAAAACUUCAAUUCUCAUCUUUGGUUUCUAUAUAUGCUGAUGUAACUACCUAAACUCAAAGUUAUCAGAAGGUUUGGUAACUCAGUGAAAAUUCCCAUAUUGUGAAACCCAAGUUGUCCCAGACAUUUUUUAUCUUUUUACUCCUUUCAAUAGUAGUAAAAUUGACAGAUUGAUGUUUUGUCUUCCUCACUUUAAGGUGUCUAGUCCGAAAAUUGUUAUCCUUACGAGUGAUUAUCGUGAUGUUAACCAAAGUUGAGUAUGUUUUGACUGACACAGGUAUUUUACAAUUCAGUUACAUAAUUAAAUCAACUAUAAACAAA